GCUCGGUCCCCGCCGCCCCCCCCUUAGUCUGGGGCUCCGGGUAAAGUUUCAGCCUCUGCACGUGACUCGCCAUGGCUGCGGCCGUCGCCCCGCGCCCCUGAGCCGCGGCCCCCCGGACGGCCGCUCUCUCGGGACCCCGCACCCCGACAAGGCGCCGAGGUGCCGGGUUCGGACGGACUCCGUGCCUGCGGGCACCCGGACGGGCUGCAUGGCCCCGCCGCGAGUGCCAUGGGACAUGGCUCCCCAAGCCACCUCGCUGGGGCUCAUCUAGGAGUGGCGUCCCCUGUGUUACCCUGAGGGCAGCUCUGGACCUUCCCGAGAAAGUGCCAUCUCACGGAACCACUCCACAAGAGACCAGCUCUUGGGACGUCCUGCAGCCCAUCGGCCCCAGCACCGGGAGGGCUCCCGGAGGCCACACCCAGCGUGCUGACCUCGGACAGCAGCAGCUGCAGGACGGAGGGGGGAGGCCGAGCCCCAGGCCUCCACUGGGCCCAGGCCUCAUGCCCCGGUGCGGGGCGGCCUGAAGCCCCCCACAGCCCGACUGGACUGUCCAUCUGCCCUUCUGGCUGUGGCUUCCUGGCAUGGCCAGCAACAGCAGCUCCUGCCCGACACCCGGGGGCGGGCACCUCAGUGGGUAUCCAGUGCCCCCCUACGCCUUCUUCUUCCCCCCCAUGCUGGGCGGACUGUCGCCACCAGGCGCCCUGAGCACGCUGCCGCACCAGCUUCCCGUGAGCGGAUACAGCACCCCGUCCCCAGCCACCAUCGAGACCCAGAGCAGCAGUUCUGAAGAGAUUGUGCCCAGCCCGCCCUCGCCGCCACCCCUGCCACGUAUCUACAAGCCCUGCUUUGUCUGCCAGGACAAAUCCUCAGGGUACCACUAUGGGGUCAGUGCCUGCGAAGGCUGCAAGGGCUUCUUCCGGCGAAGCAUCCAGAAGAACAUGGUGUACACUUGUCACCGGGACAAGAACUGCAUCAUCAACAAGGUGACCCGGAACCGCUGCCAGUACUGCCGGCUGCAGAAGUGCUUCGAAGUGGGCAUGUCCAAGGAAUCUGUGCGGAACGACCGAAACAAGAAGAAGAAGGAGGCACCCAAGCCCGAGAGCUCGGAGAGCUGCACGCUGACGCCUGAGGUCGGGGAGCUCAUCGAGAAGGUGCGCAAAGCGCACCAGGAGACCUUCCCGGCGCUCUGCCAGCUGGGCAAAUACACUACGAACAACAGCUCGGAGCAGCGCGUGUCCCUGGACAUCGACCUGUGGGACAAGUUCAGCGAGCUGUCGACCAAGUGCAUCAUCAAGACCGUGGAGUUCGCCAAGCAGCUGCCUGGCUUCACCACGCUCACCAUCGCCGACCAGAUCACGCUCCUCAAGGCUGCCUGCCUGGACAUCCUGAUCCUGCGGAUCUGCACGCGGUACACACCCGAGCAAGACACCAUGACCUUCUCCGAUGGGCUGACCCUGAACCGGACCCAGAUGCACAAUGCUGGCUUCGGCCCCCUCACCGACCUGGUCUUUGCCUUCGCCAACCAGCUGCUGCCCCUGGAGAUGGACGAUGCGGAGACCGGGCUGCUCAGCGCCAUCUGCCUCAUCUGUGGAGACCGGCAAGACCUGGAGCAGCCAGAGCGAGUGGACCUGCUGCAGGAGCCGCUGCUUGAAGCCUUGAAGGUCUACGUGCGAAAGCGCAGGCCUAGCCGCCCCCACAUGUUCCCCAAGAUGCUCAUGAAGAUCACCGACCUGCGAAGCAUCAGUGCUAAGGGCGCUGAGCGCGUCAUCACCCUGAAGAUGGAGAUCCCGGGCUCUAUGCCGCCGCUCAUCCAGGAGAUGCUGGAGAACUCCGAGGGCUUGGACACGCUGAGCGGACAGCCGGGGGGCGGGGGGCGCGAUGGGGGUGGCCUAGCGCCGCCACCAGGCAGCUGUAGCCCCAGCCUCAGCCCCAGCUCCAACAGAAGCAGCCCGGCCACCCACUCGCCCUGACCGUGAUCAUGACUGCUGGGACGAUGCAGCCCUUGCUCCAUGCUCCGGCUUCUCUGGCUUCCACCGACCAUGCGACGCCAGCCAGCCCGGACUGGCCUGUCCGCCCAGACAGACCAGGGACCUUCUGGGUGACGCUGAUGCAGGAAGGAGGCCUAGGCUGGCCCAAGGCGAUGGUGACGGACUGCGCACUUCGCAGCUGGAGCUGGUGGCGGUGGUGGCCGCAUGGACGAGUGGACCCCCCGCCGUCUGCGCCCAUGUUCAGCACCAGCAGGCGCGGGGCCUGGCUCCCGCCCGAACUCACAAGCCAUCGCUCCCCACUGGGGACCCCCUGCCUUGGUUGGUGACAGAGGGGUGGCCGGGUAGGGGUCCCCCCUGUACAUACCCUGCCAUACCAACCCCCAGGUAUUAAUUCUCGCUGGUUUUGUUUUUAUUUUAAUUUUUUUUUUUUUGGUUUUGAUUUUUUUAAAUAAGAAUUUUCAUUUUAAGCACAUUUAUACUGAAGGAAUCUGUGCUGUGUAUUGGGGGGAGCUGGACCCAGAGCUGGGUGGUGGCCCAGGGUGGAAGGGUCUCUAGGGCUCUGUCCUCUCCCUAUCUCGUUCCCCAGGCCCUUGCAGCCGCACUUCCUUGGUUCUCUUUAAUACUGUGAAGUCCUCACUUUCGAGGCCUGCGCUCCCUCCUGCAGCUGAGCCCCGGUGUGGGCGCCCCCACAAGUCGCCCCUGCCCAUGAGCAGGGGUGGGGUAGCCUGGGGCCUCAGCAUCCAAAGGGCCCGGCCCGGGGUUCCCAGGUGCCCCGCGCCCAGCCUCACAGCCACCAGCAUCCCACGGGGCCCCAAACACACACACACACACACACACACAUGCACGCACGCACGCGCACUGUGGACAGCAGGCGGCGCGCACGGCCGAGCCCCACUUCCGCAGCCCAGUCCCCCCACUCGCGCCCCCUCCUUGCCCCGCAGGCCGGGCCUGGAGGCCCCUCUCCCCAGCACCGGCCGGGGCGCUGGCUCCGGCCCCCAAGACCCGGAGCCCCGCGGUGCACCUGUUACUGUCGGACUUUCCACUGAGAUCUAC